UACUGGGUACCAGACUAGACCGAUAAAUUGACCUACCGGAAGUGAUAUCUAACGUGUGUGUGCCACGUCUUUUUUUUUCGUGCCACAACUUUCCAAGUUGCGUUGUUUGUAGCACGGUCGUUGGUCGUGUCCUCGUAUCCAGCUGACAACAUGGUCUCUGUAAUAAGUACAGUGGAUACUGCCCACGAAGAUAUGAUUCAUGAUGCCCAGAUGGACUAUUACGGUGUUCGUCUGGCAACCUGCUCAUCUGACCGGUCAGUCAAGAUCUUUGAUGUCAAAGGAGGACAACAGACACUAGUUGCAGACCUCAGAGGGCACGAGGGACCGGUAUGGCAGGUUGCCUGGGCCCAUCCCAUGUUUGGCAACAUCCUGGCGUCCUGCUCCUAUGAUCGUAAGGUUAUUAUCUGGAAAGAGAAUAACAGUGCCUGGGACAAACUCUUUGAGCACAGCAGUCACGAUUCAUCUGUGAAUUCUGUCCAGUGGGCACCCCAUGAAUUUGGUCUGGCACUAGCCUGCGCCUCAUCUGAUGGCUCAGUCUCUAUACUCACGUAUACUGACGGGAAAUGGGAGUCACAGAAGAUCAAAGAUGCACACGCUAUUGGUUGUAAUGCAGUGAGCUGGGCACCGGCUGUAGAGCCAGGUUCCCUGAUAGAGCCUCCAUCCUCACAGAAACUGGUACCCGUCAAGAGAUUUGUGACAGGAGGCUGCGAUAACCUGGUCAAAAUCUGGAAGGAGGAGAAUGGUGAAUGGCGGGAAGAGCACAAACUAGAGGCCCACAGUGACUGGGUGCGAGACGUGGCUUGGGCGCCCUCUAUCGGUCUACCUCACAGUACCAUCGCUAGCUGUUCACAAGACGGCCGAGUUAUUAUCUGGACUAGCGAUGAGAGUACAGGCACAGCAUGGACACCUAAGAUUUUGAACAAAUUCAGUGACGUAGUGUGGCAUGUGAGCUGGUCAGUGACUGGGAACAUACUGGCUGUGUCAGGAGGAGAUAAUAAGGUCAGUCUAUGGAAGGAAUCUCUUGAAGGUCAGUGGGUCUGUGUCAGCGAUGUGAACAAGGGUGAAGGCCAGAGCUCAACGCCAACAGAUACACAACCAGAACAGUGAGGGAAGUCACUGUGAGCUAGAGUAGACACGGCUGCUUUGUCUGGCUGGCAAGUGGAACAUUCACUGAAACUUAUUGACACAGCGCUAGACUCCUGAAUUUUCCAAAUCUGUGUUUACAAUCCAUUUUCGUAACUGGAAAGUCCAGGUUUAUUUUUAAUUGGUGUUAUUCAAAAUACCUGUUGGUGCUAACAAUGUGUUGACAUAAGUAUGGAUUUAAUUUUUACUGAACAUGCAACAGUGUUGCAUUUCAUUUUGUUUUCACUGUGAUGCUGAAACUUCAGGAGUCUGUAAAACGCUCAGACAUUUGGAGAAACAGCGUGUUUACAUGUUUCGGUUUUGUAUUAGGAAACAGGCUGAUUUCUGUGGUACAAUUCCAUUUCUGUUGUCAUGACAACAAUGAUUCAGGAACACAUUAUUUUGUUCAUUUACUGCAAUUUGGGGCAAUGUAAAGCAGAUUUGGCAAGAAAUUGGAUGUGAAAGAAAAUGAUGUUGAAACUAGGCAAUCAAUUUUGUGCAUAAUUACUCGGACAUUUUCCAUGUUUAACAUGUUUACAUGACCAUGCUGCUUAUAAAAAACUGAAUGUCUGUUCUUAGCAUGCUUUGUGGGUAGUUAUUCCUAAAUUAUGAAGCAGCCCCCGUCCCCCACCUCCCCCUACCCCCCCCCCCCCAAAAAAUGGUUCAAUGUCAGAGGGGGAUGUUUUUGUGAUUUUUUUUCUUCUAAUAUGAGACUCAUUUUGAAGGAAUAAAGUUUAGCCUUUAAACAUAAGUUCUGCAAAACAGUUUAUAGGUCACCCACUUGCCAGCCUGUCAAGAUUACUGAGAAAUUGUGGGCUUGUAUAUAGGAUUAUUUGUCUUGUUUUUGCUUUUUUGCCAUCUUUUUGGAUAUGUUACUUUGGGGAUGAACCAAAACGGACUGUGUUCAGACUGUUUCAGAAGCAGUGAUUAGUUUUUAACUGUCUCAUACUUCCAGCUUUGAAAAAAAACCCGAUUUUUUUUUUCUGGCACUUUUGAAAUGAUGUGAGCUACUCCCAGUUCUUGCACAUACUCCAAAUUUUGUUCUUCAAAUUAUUUUGAAAGUCCAAAACCGAUUAACUUUUGGUAGUCAUCAAUGUUUUGUUUCAUUGAAUGGAUGUCUUUAAACCUCAAUCUGUGUAUUUUAAACAAUAAAAUUAAACUUUGCAAAUACAAAUACUACUGUAAAGUCUUUUAUUCAAGAGUUAUGUAUGGCUAGAGAAAUUUAGUUUUUUGAUGUGAACAAAAUCGAAUUGGUUGCAUAAAUAUAUUUAAGAUUCAACUUC